AUCUGCCCCGAUGUGCUGUACCGGGCUGGGCGGACCCUCAGUCGCCAGGAGACAUACACACCUCGACUCAUCCUCAUGGACUUGAAAGGAAGCCUGAACUCUCUGAAACAAGAGGGAUGUUUAUGUGGGGACACGAAAAUAGACACCUCAGUAGCAUGGCAGGGUAAUCUGAUGACUCAUCAAGAAGACCCUCCUGCAAAGAACCUUUUUCUACAGGACCUCAGCAAACUGGAGGGAGGCAUGUCCUCUGAUGGAGGCUUCAGUCCCAGAGCUCUUCCUCUCAGUAAAGAUGUAUCUCAGCUCCCUACACAGUUGCAUGUUUCCCAGAAGGGUCACCAGUUGGAAGGCAGUGUGCGGGUUUGGUCUGAUUACCUCCGAGUGCGUCUGCAUCCCAGAAGCAUCUUCAUGAUACAUCAGUACAACGAUGAUGGGGAGUCCAGUCAACUCGAAGCCUUUGGACAAGGUGAAAGCCUCCUGCAUGACCCCACUUACCUAGAGGAGCUAGAAGAUAGAUUGCACUUCUAUGUGGAAGAGUGUGAUUAUCUGCAGGGUUUUCAGAUUCUGUGCGACUUGAACAAUGGAUUUUCUGGAGUUGGAGCUAAGGUGACAGAACUUCUCCAUGAUGAGUAUUCAGGGAGAGGAAUCCUGACAUGGGGACUGACUCCAGUCAUUCAUAAUGUUGGGGUGUCCUGGAAGGAUUUUUACAGGCUGAUGAACACAGUCCUGGGAAUUGUCCAUCUCUCCAGUCACAGCUCACUCUUUUGCCCACUAUCACUCAAUGGAAGUCUGGGACUCAAACCAGAAGCCCCCGUUACACUCCCAUAUGUACAUUAUGAUGCCUCUCUAAACUAUCACAGCAGUGCAAUCUUGGCAACAGCAUUGGAUACCCUCAGUGCUCCAUACAGACUCCAUUCCUCCCAGUUCUCCAUGGUACAGCUUGCUGACGCAUUUAACAGCUCUGGGAGAAAGGUUGUGGCUGCAGGAACUGCUGUACCCUUUCCUAUGGCAUAUGGUCAGUCUCUCCCAGAUGCUUUGUGCAGCUACCAGCUUGCAGUGCCAUGGACACCAUUGUCUUCAUGUGGGGAGCAAAAGGACAGCUGCUGUUUUGCUCAGUCUGUUGUGCUGAGAGGAAUUGGCAAAGAAAAUCAUAUCAGUAAUCUUCCUCCAGGGUCACAACCCAAGUCUGCCCUCCAUGUUUGUGAAACUGGAGAGGAGGUUUUGGGAAGUUACUUACAUGCUCGGUGCCCAGGGACAUUCAGCACCUCAUAUUUGAUUCAGGGCCCAUGUAAAGUGUUACCCCCAUACCCACAAUUUUUCUCUGCUCUUCUAAACAAGCAAGGUUUCCUCCUGGAUAAGCUUCCUAGCUGCUCAACAGCAGUUGAAAGCAUUCCUGUCCUAACAGCACUACAAUCAUCACCUGCUCUAUACAAUGCUCUCUACAGUUUAUAUAAGGAGCUGCAUCAAGUGGAUGUACGGCGCUGGGCUAGCUUUUUCUCUGCAGGCAUUGAACUUUAUGAUUUUCAGGAGGCCCUACAUGAGCUAAGAACACUGUCACAAUGCUAUAAAACAAGCUCUGAGUUGGAUGAAUCUGAGGAUGAAGCAGAUGCUGACUAACUCUACUACCUAUCACCUGAGGAAGAAGAGAAACUUUUUUUUUUAAAGUUGAACUAGGGCACUAACUUUAAAGAAUAAAAUGUUACUGCAAAUUAGGUGACAGUUGUGCUGCAGCUGUUAUACAAAGGGAGAGGGUGGCUUUAGACAUCUGUAAUUCAAGUAUAGGACUUACCCAUUUACAGCAGCAGCAGUGUUCAUCAUUUAUCACAACAGAAUGGGGUUUAUGCUUUAUACUGAACAGUAACCAUGGAACAUUUUAGCUUAUAGCCUUUCCAGAUAUAAAAAGGGGACAGUAAUGGAAUUUGCAAAAUUGGAGAGUGGGAAAGCAUUUACUUCACCUGAAAACAGGACACAUCUUAUGAUACAAUAAUUACAUUACAAGUUUUUUACUGCUGUAUCUGCAAUAAAUCACUAGGAUGUUCAAUUUAUUACAGAGAGGCAGGGGUUUGGGAGCUAGGGCCUAGCCCCAAUGGAGUCUUUAUAAAUUUUCCCCUUUUAGUCAUGCAGGUCACAUUUGCAGAAUGAAAAGCUGCCAGAGUAACAUCAUUCUACUAAUUUUGUGUCACACAUUAGACCUGUGCUCCUGCAGAAAUGAAAUGUAAUUGGUUAUACAUGUAGCAAGAUUAUCCCAAAAAGUAAGGUGCCAUUUUAAGUUAGUCCUGUGCAAAUAUUCCUGCCUCUACCAGACCAUCCCUCUAGCAGCAAACUGGCUAGUACCUAAUGACAAUGUCACAAGUGUAGUUUGUCCACC